AAGCUGCUGAGCUGGGGUUUGCACCUGACUGGACACCUUCCUGCUCAGUGCAGACCCCACCAUCACCGGGAGCCCUCUCUUUGUGAACAGCCAUGCCCAUGACAAAGAGUGCCUGUGGUCCCCAGGGAGCUGUUGACCUCAAACUGGACCUCAAAUCCUCUUACGAAAGUGCCAAGAAGUUGCAGAACAAGGAUUCCGGUUUCUUGGAUGGAAGCCCUUCUGAGUCGCCGGACUCAGAGACGACCAAGGGCAUAACAGCAUUCCAGACCUUGGUUCACCUGGUGAAAGGUAACAUAGGCACAGGGAUCCUGGGACUACCCUUGGCUAUGAAGAAUGCAGGCAUCCUGAUGGGCCCUCUCAGUUUGCUGGCUAUGGGCUUCAUCUCCUGCCACUGUAUGCACAUCCUGGUCAGGUGCGCCCAGCACUUCUGCCACAGACUGAACAAGCCCUUUAUGGACUACGGGGACACGGUGAUGCAUGGACUAGAAGGCAGCCCCAGCACCUGGCUCCGGAACCACGCCCACUGGGGAAGGCGUAUGGUGAGCUUCUUUCUUAUAGUCACCCAGAUGGGCUUCUGCUGCGUGUACAUUGUGUUUCUGGCUGAUAAUUUAAAACAGGUAGUGGAAGCGGUUAAUAGCACAACCAACAACUGCCAUUACAACGGGACAGUGAUCCUGACGCCCACCGUGGACUCUCGACUCUACAUGCUCGCCUUCCUGCCCCUCCUGGUGCUGAUAGUCCUCAUCCGGAACCUCAGGGUUCUGACCAUCUUCUCCCUGUUGGCCAACAUCACCAUGCUGGUCAGCUUGAUCAUCAUCACCCAGUCCAUCAUCCAGGGAAUUCCAGACCCCAGCCACUUGCCACUGGUAGCAAAUUGGAAGACCUACUCGCUCUUCUUUGGAACAGCCGUUUUUUCAUUUGAAAGCAUUGGUGUGGUUCUGCCCCUGGAAAACAAGAUGAAGGAUGCCCGCCGCUUCCCAGUCAUCCUGUCUUUGGGAAUGUCCAUCGUUACUGCCCUCUACGUCAGCAUCGGGACUCUGGGCUACCUGCGGUUCGGAAACGACAUCAAGGCCAGCAUAACCCUUAACCUGCCCAACUGCUGGCUGUACCAGUCGGUCAAGAUCCUCUACAUAAUUGGCAUCCUGUGCACCUACGCCCUGCAGUUCUACGUCCCUGCAGAAAUCAUCAUUCCCUUCGCCACCUCCCAGGUGUCAAAGCGCUGGGCACUGCCUCUGGACUUGUUCAUCCGCUUUGCCAUGGUCAGCCUGACAUGCAUCUUGGCCAUCCUCAUCCCCCGCCUGGACCUGGUCCUCUCUCUGGUGGGCUCCCUGAGCAGCAGUGCGCUGGCCCUCAUCAUCCCACCCCUCCUGGAGAUCACCACCUACUACUCAGAGGGCAUGAGUCCCAUCACCAUCAUCAAGGACGCCCUGAUCAGCAUCCUGGGCUUCGUGGGCUUUGUGAUGGGGACCUACCAGGCCCUGGACGAGCUGAUCCAGUCAGAAGACCCUCUCACCUUUUCCAACUCCACCAUUUUUGUUCAGUGAAAAUGGCACUGCUUCUUACCCACCAGCACCUGACAUUUAAUGAUAUAAAUCUCUUUUAUAUGCAUUAUCUAUAUUUUGCUGCUUUACCUUUCUCUGGGUCAAGUCACAGUGAAACAAGCACGGACUCACCAGCUACAAGGUCUAGAUGGUAAUUUAAAAAUUUUUUUUUAAUUUAUUUUCUUUCCAUCCCUAGCUUUCCACUCUACUGAGAGCUCUCUCACUGAAGGCUCUUGAUUCCAUCCAGCUUUUUGGCAAUUCACACGAUCAAUUUCACACCUUGAGUGGGGCUAUGCAAGAGGAAGCCACCAGGGGGCAUCCAAGAGGCAGCAACUGACAGAAGGAGGUGCAGCCAGCUAAGGCUGAUGGUGAUUUGGUAGACAAAGGGUGUCCUCUUUUCCAGAUCUGUUUAAAGAGCAAAGAUUAAGAAUGGGGACAUAAUCCAUAAUCCAGCAAGAUGUGCACAGCUCCAGCGUCAAGAUGGAUAGGAUCCACAGGUCCAUGGUGAGCUGCAACUCUCAGACAGAAAGGAACCACCAUAUUUAAGUCAAGGGCAAUAAACUUUCUAAACAACUGGAUAACGUUUUGGCCCAGUUCAAACAUCUCAACAAAGGACAGUUGUCACAGAAAUGGAUGUGCCAAUGGCGGGGGGUGGGGGGUAGGGUGGGGAUGGACAAUGAUUAUUUCAUUAUUUAUCUCGAUUCUUUUUUUUUCUUUAACCUCUUGAUUCUUGCAACAAGCAUUCUUUCUUACCUACCACGCACCAAACAUAGUUCAAAGUUCUUGUAAUAGUUUGCAAAAAUGGUGACAAAUUCCUCUUGACAAUGUGACGUUGCAGCUCGCAUCAAGAAGUGAAAUCUAUAUCUCUACCCCUUGAAUCUUGUCUUGGCCUUGUAACUUGCUUUGGCCAAUGGGACAUAGUAAAUGUGAUGCAAGCAGAGGUUUCGUGAUGGCUAAUGCAUUGGAACUUUCAUCGUGAUGCUCUGUGGAGAUAAGAGCACCAAGUGAAGAAGCGGGGCUAACCUACUGGAGGAGGAGAGAUCAUGUGGAGCAGAAAUGAAUCAUCCCAGUUGAGCCCCAUCUCCCAGAACAGCCAGCCUGCCGACUUCAAGACACGUGAGUGAAGUAUCCUAGACUAUAUACAGCCCCAGUCAAGCUGGCCCGGACCAUAAAUAUUGCUCAGAUGAUCCACAGAAUUAUGAGAAAUAAUAAAUGUUUUUAGUUUUAAGCCAUAA